AUGAAAGCCACUGUCGCUGUUACCCUGACCGCAGGGCUUCCCGCUGCUCUAGCAUCUGCCAUACUGAAGCCCAGAGUCAUCGGACCUGAUGAGCCCACGGAUCGCUACAAGUUUGUCGUAAGCAUCCAGGAUAGCAAGAAGGCCCAUUCCUGCGGAGGAAUGCUGCUGGACAGUACUACUGUCCUUACUGCCAGUCAUUGCUUCCUCAACACUACCGACGCAGGGUUCGUAACUGCAGGAAAGACGGAUCUUGAAGCUGCUGGGGGAGUGACGGUCAAGAUUUCAACGCUCCAACGACCUGACCACAAGCCGGUCAACUACCAAGCCAAAGGCAAGGAAAAGCUGAGCGACAUUGGAAUCAUUAAGCUAGCUACUCCCAUUGAGACGAGUGACAGCAUCGAGUAUGCACCACUGCCAACAUCUGACUCGAUCCCUGACGGCUCAAAAUUCGUUGCUCUUGGCUGGGGACGCGACAAGACUGUGAAAGAAGGCGACGCUCCUUUCAGCGUCCCGAAGCGAGCAGAGGCCCUGCUCGAGCAGCAGCCAAUGAGUAAAUGUGUACCCUCGCAGAUUUUCGGCGAUCAAGGCGCACUAAUCUGUGCCGGCAAGCCUGGAAAGACUGUGUGCUCAGGUGACAGCGGCGGUCCGCUGAUCGACUCCAAGACCGGGGUGCUGCUCGGCCUCGUGUCGAUUUCUGUCAUGAACGCGCAGGGAGUCGGUUGCGCGGAUGCCAACAUCUUCACCAGGAUCGGCAGCCACCUCGACUUCAUCAACGCCAACCUCGGGGAGAAGGGCUUCGACGACGGCGACAACCAGAGGAUCAAGGACGAGGCAAAGAUGAAGGCGCUCCAGCGGGACCUUGCCGCGACUUGCAAGCAGCAGUACGACGGCAAGUACAACGCGUGCGUCAGCGCGGCCAACGCUAGCCUGAACAAUGAAUGGAAGUCUGAUGACGAGAAAUGGGCUGCCUACGACAAGGCGGUGGCCGAGUGCAAGGUCAUCCAAGCCAGGGAGCGUGCUUGCUCCGUAUGUGUGGCGGACGCGAAGCUUGACUCGACGCCUGAGACGCUCAUCCAGUGCUCCGAGAAGGGAAAUUGA